AUGAGACGCGUUGUGAACAGCGUGGCGGCAUGUGGGAUCGUCUGUUGUUUCGUUAUGUACCUAUAUACAUAUAACGUAUACAAGGGCAUUGCAAGGCCAUUACUACAGAACUCCCGACCGAUCUUUAGCCAAAGAAUAGUUCCUGAUUCAUCAAUGGAAGAAACAGGCUACCAUAAGUACGGCUGUUCCAGUAAGAUUAGGCACAAUAAAAUCGACGAUAUAUUGUGUAUGACACCUCCAAAAUUUCUUGAAAACUACCAAAAUCCCUGUUGGAAUGAACGAAAUAGUAGUAAUGGUGAAACAUCUCUCAAAUGUUUGCCUUAUUUCCACAUUAUUGGGGCCGCAAAGUCUGGAACAACGGAUCUAUUUGCAAGGGUCACCAUGCAUCCAAGUAUUGUUGACGUCCAUGGCUUCCUGAAUAAAGAAACAAUCUACUGGAGUUGGGGCCGUUAUGGCAAAUGUGAAACAUUUGCACAGUAUUGCCAAAAGUUCCGAACGUUUGACCAAUUUGUGUCCCUUUUUAAAAGUGACAACAUUUCACUCGUUAGAAACGCUAGAAAAGUCCAAAUACCACGAUCCUCCAAUGACAGGUUUAAGUACUACUCGAAAGAUACUGAUACAAUGACUGACGAAUCAUAUCAUCAUACGAUUACAGGCCAUGCUGAUCCAAUGGAUCUCUGGGGCAUGUAUUACUGGAAAUAUAUUCCUCAGAAUGACGCAACCUUGUCAGAGCCGGUAUACACCACACCACAUCUCAUUCAUCACAUAAAUCCUGGCCUUAAGUUAAUCGUCAUUUUAAGAGAACCUGCCGAAAGGACGUACAGCCAUUACUUGUUCCGCCGUCUAGGCAACAGUGCAAGAGAGUUCCAUCAUCAUGCCGUUGGCAAUUUUACAUUCCUUCUGAAUUGCGUGAACAGCGUAGGCAGUAUGAGAGCUUGCUUAUUCAAUGAAUCACUCCUGGAACAUUUUAAAAGUUUUCCAAUCCAUGGUAGUUUUUAUUCUGUGCUAUUGAAGGAAUGGUUUUCUGUGUUUCCGAGGGAACAGUUUCUAAUUAUACGUACCGAAGAUUAUUCAAGCAAUAUGGCAUUCUAUCUUCGUAAGAUAUUUAACUUUCUACAAGUUGACGAACUCAAAGACAAAGAUUUAAAGAAAAUUUCCAAGGCACCUGUAAGAAGAAAAACCAAACACAAGAAAGAGGUAGGAAAAAUGCUACCAGAGACAAAACUCUUCCUCCACAAAAUAUUCCAAAGGUAUACAGAAGAAUUAGCCGGCAUGCUUCAUGACAAACGCUUUUUAUGGGAAGAGAAUAGCAAUAUUUUGUGA